AUGGCUGAGCCUCUCAUUCGGCGGCAUCCGCUGCAGAAGCUCACAAGUCCGUCAAGGGGGAUCUCCGCUCUGGUUCACUUGACGGGUCUUGCAAGCUUCCUGUGGUCUUUCAAGUUCAUGCAUGAAAACCCUAAUAUGGCAAAUGAGGCUUAUGGCUGGCAUUUUCAGUAUCUGACUGUCAUUGGUUUAACAUUGUCCACAUUAACUUUCCUUGCUGCGCUCCUCGCGGAUAUUACUUUAUCACGCCGUCUCUUUUUGAUCAAGAAUUUGCUGUCAGUAUGCAGCGCCCCAAUGGAGGUUCUGAUUAGCGUUCUAUACUGGGGACUUCGAGUGAUUGACGAGCGCUUGGUCCUACCGGAUUGGGCUGUGAUUCCACUUCAUGCUGAUAUCAGUUUCCACGCGAUUCCAUCUAUUGUGAUGUUGAUAGACUUGCUCUUUUUAUCUCCUCCAUGGACCAUCACAAUUUUCCCAUCACUAGGAUUAUCUGGGUCCAUUGCCUUUGGCUACUGGUUCUGGGUCGAGCGAUGCUUCCAAUACAAUGGCUGGUACCCAUACCCCAUCUUCGAGCAGUUGCCAACUCCCGGUCGCAUUGCACUCUUUUCAAUGAGUGCUGUCGUGAUGGCUCUGAGCACGGCCACACUCAAGUGGCUGUAUGGCCGAAUCAACGGAUUCGGUGUUCCCAUUCCAGCACAAUCUCGCCCUGGUGAUAUCAAGCGAAAGGAUGGUCUUUGA